AUGGAGGAUCAAUCCUCAGUGAAGUUGCAGACUGCCAACGCACAAGAGCUGUACAACUAUUUCCAAGUCUACGGGAAUACCCUCUAUUUUAAACAACAGAUAUUAAUACUAGAUUUUAGGCCUAGUGACCAAUUUGAACUUUGCCACUUAGUCAGUAGCAUAAAUAUUCCCUUGGAAAAAUGCCUUGACUCUGACUUUACUAGUUUUAAAGAGAGUCGCUUCCUUACUAAGUUCUGUCACUCUGAAAAGCAGAAAGAAAGAUUUAAAAAGAGAAAACGACUACUCGUUUUCAUGGUUGUCUGAAACAAAAAUUGUGACCAACUUCUUGAGAUAAAUUCUAGUCUUUUAGCAGCUAAAAAUAAGGGGAGAAAGAGCUUAGGGAAGAAAAAUGACCUCAAGGCUCUAAAGAAUGCUAUCAUGAUGCAAUCGAUACUGGUGAAGGAUAGGCAUAGAGACUGUUACCUUCUUAAAUCAGGCAUGAACGUUUUUCAAGAUAAAUAUCCAUUCUUGUGUGCAUUUGAGGGAAGGAAAGCCCACACAGUUGCUGACUGAGGGAGAUAUCCCAGUGAAAUUUUUGAAGCUUUUCUUUAUCUCAGUAAUUGCAAAGUAGCCAAGGAUGCAGACUUAUUGCAAACACUAGGAAUCACCCACAUCUUGAAUGUGAGUGAUAAUGUGCCUAAUUAUUUUGAAGAAAAUUAUCUUGGCCUUAAAUAUUCCAAUAUUGAGAUAGAUGAUGUUGAAGAUGCCCCAAUCGAAGAUUACUUUGAAAAAGCAUAUAAUAUUAUCAACAAAGUUCUGACUGGAGAGGAUGAAAAAUCUGAGGACUCUGACAAAUGCUGCUACAAAGAGGAGCAUUACUCAGACGAGUUCGAUACACAGACGCUUAAACUCGACUUAACUAGUAAAACCAUCGAUCUGUGGGAAAAUUGUGAAAUAAAGAGAACAAUUUCUUCCAUAGAUUUGUCAAUAGAAGAUGCUCAUAAGAAAAAUCCUAACAGUAGGAUCCUGGUGCAUUGCGCAAUGGGGAGAAGCAGGUCACCAACCAUCGUUAUUAUGUAUAUAAUGAAAAGAUUCGAACUGCCAUUUGAAAUUGCAUUUAAGUUAGUUUUACAAAGAAGAGAAAAGAUUGAUAUUAACCCAGGAUUUAUAGAAAAAUUAAAGCAAUUUGAAGCGGAUGGCUUUAAAUUUUCAACUGAGUCUGCUUUUGACUCAAGUGAUAGCACAGAAGCAGGAGAAGUUACCCCGAAUGCUUCUCUUGCUUAA